AUGAGUAUGGGAAAGAUAACUCGUAAUAAAACAUAUAACGAAUUACGGCAUAACAAGCUUCCAGCAACUAGACCUCGAGGUAGACCUCCAACUCGAAGGGGAAUUAUAGAUUUAGAUUCUAUUCCCACCAGAAAUAGUAGCAUACAAGAACCACAAUUUGCACUCCCAGAAGUACUAUUCCCAUCCAUGCAACAAGAUCGACCUCCACCUAAUAAUAAUGUAUUAUCAGGUAAUUGCGAACCAGGAUCAUCUACGACCACCACAAGUACAAUUAUUACAAUUAAAAUGACAACAAUCACACAUACGGAUGCAAACAAUCAUUCAACCACAACAACGACGGUUACAACUGACAUUUCUCCAGUCUCCAGUAAUACAAUAUCUUCUGAUCCUACAACAUUGAUGGUGGAAACAAGGGAAUUAUCUCCUCAUGUAGAUAGAUGUCCACCAAUUGAUGCUGAUGGCGUUAUUAACAAUAAUAACGAUCCAACUGAUACUGAGAUCGUUCAUUUGGCAGAUUAUGGUGAGCCUUUAAUAGAUCCACGAAUUAGCAGUGGUACAUCUAAUUUAGGCAUUAGUGAUCACCUAAAUAGUAGUAACAUUAGCAAUACCACUAAUGCUAUUAAUAUGGUGAGAUCCCCAAGCACAUCAACCAUUAAUUCAGUUGGCACAAGUUCAAGUCCAGUUCUGGAUUCCUCUUUUGUUGAUUCUAACACUGUUGGAUCGGACACGAGUUGCUUAAUGAAUCGAUCGAGUCAUUCUCCAAUGAGCAAUUCUCCAAUCAUACACUCGAGCAUUAUUUCUAGACCAAAUUAUUAUUACUUACCUGAAUUAGACACUUUAGGUACUGUUUAUGAUGUGUGGAAUGAAUGGAAUGUGGGUUUGAGUGGAAAUCCAUCGAUAAUUGCUUUACUAGAAACUUAUGGAACAAAAUGGGCAAACGAGAAUAAGGAGACUUUGCUUUUACGUAAAAAACUCAUAAAAGAGAUUCAACAAAGGUCAAAUGUUAUAGGCGUUGAUAGAGCUAUUAAUGAGUUGGAGAGAAUGAGAGAUGAGUUGAACAUUAAAAAAGAUCAUAGACACCCGAAAAUGCAGAUCUUUGUUAAAACUCUUACUGGAAAAACCAUCACCCUUGAGGUUGAAGGUACGGAUAAUAUUGCUAAUGUUAAGCAAAAGAUUCAGGAUAAAGAAGGUAUCCCUCCGGAUCAGCAACGUUUGAUUUUUGCCGGAAAACAGCUCGAGGAUAAUCGUACAUUAGCAGAUUACAAUAUUCAAAAGGAAUCAACACUUCAUCUAGUAUUACGUUUACGUGGUGGGAUUAUUGAACCUUCGUUGAAAGCUUUGGCUUCAAAGUAUAAUUGCGAAAAAAUGAUUUGUCGUAAAUGUUAUGCGAGAUUACCUCCACGUGCUACCAACUGCCGUAAGAAAAAGUGUGGUCAUACUAAUCAAUUACGUCCAAAGAAGAAACUCAAGUAG